GGAAUCCAGGAAUUUUCUUUCUUUAGACAUUUCAUCUUUAUGCUUAAUUUAUUGAUGAGAUUCAGGUUCUUUGUAUGCUGCUCAGCUUUACAGUUGAGUUACGCGCGGGCUCCCGACUGAUGCGCGACUAGUCGGCCGGCUGCCUCGGAGUCUCGGACUUUCAUUGUGCCACAAAUUUCACGGUUGACUUGGCUGUAUUCUCGUUAGUCGCUUAGUAAAUGUGCGGUUUAUUCUAUUAAGUAACGAUUAAUUUAAUCAUUGUACGAGUAUUACUACGCUUCCAUACCCAAAGUUAAGGCGGUCCAAUUGCACUCAGCGUAGAUUCCUUAGAAUUUCACCAUGGCGGCGCCUACUGCUAUGAAACGAUGUGCAGACGUCGUUUCCGGUCGAUCCAAAGUCCCUUUUUUGGAUGUACUCGUGGAAAGAUACUUUUGUGUCACUCGGAAGAUACAGAAGUUUUUUGAUACCGGAAGCUCACCAUGCCUGAGCUACUCUCCAAUUUCUAGCGUGACGACAGUAUUGGAAAAAAUGAGUCGCGCUCAAGCCGAAGUUCGGGGAGCCGAGCAUUCCGAAAACUUCAGAAUUUUUUUCAAAAAUGAAGAUGGGAAAUAUGUCUCACCUUUUCAUGACAUCCCGCUGUAUGCGGACGUCGACAAUCAAGUGUUUAAUAUGGUCGUCGAAAUUCCUCGUUGGUCCAACGCUAAGAUGGAGGUAGCAACCAAAGAACCACUCAAUCCGAUCAAGCAAGAUGAAAAGAAUGGCAAAUUGAGAUUCGUUCACAACUGUUUUCCGCAUCAUGGCUACAUAUGGAAUUAUGGUGCUCUUCCUCAGACCUGGGAGAAUCCAAACGCUAAAGACCCGCACACCGGUGCAAAGGGUGACAAUGAUCCAAUCGAUGUGAUUGAAGUUGGUUCUCGGAUAGCCAAGCGUGGAGAAAUUCUUCCCGUCAAAGUUCUUGGAAUUUUGGCCAUGCUAGAUGAUGGGGAAACUGACUGGAAAGUCCUCGUCAUUGAUGUACGUGAUCCUAUGGCGACCCAAAUAAAUGGUGUGAAGGAUUUGGAGAGGAUUAUGCCUGGAUAUUUGUGCGCCACUGUGGAAUGGUUUCGCAUCUAUAAAAUGCCGGGUGGUUCUCCGCCGAACGAAUUUGCUUUCAAUGGCGAAGCGAAAGAUCGAUCAUUCGCUUUGCGUGUUAUUGAGGAAACGCAUCAUGAAUGGAAGAAACUUAUGGGAGGAAAAACUGACAAGGGAAAGCUUGACCUGACAUGCACUGUGACGGACGUCGGGGGAAGAAAAGUUGAGGAAGAGGAAGCUACCUCGAUUGUUGAAGCAUUUGGACCCGAAGAGGAUCCCAUUCCUAUUCCUGAAGAAGUAUCUGAGUGGCAUUAUGUCGGAUCUGUUUACGAUCGCGGCGAUGAGAAAGCUUGCUCCAUUAUGUGAUUCCACAUGAAUUUUUUAUUCCCUUUAUGCGGUUUCUGAAAUUCGAAGCUUUUGAUACAGUGGUUUUUCCAGAA